AGCGGCUUGGCGGCUCCCGCGGACGGCCCCAAGCUGCCGCCGCCGCCGCCGUUGCCCGGACCCGGGCCGGGAUCCGCAGCGCCCGCACCCGCCGCCCGGGACGCCAUGGACGGGCGCGCCGAGCCGCCCGCCGCCUUCCCCCGGGCUGGAGCCCCGCCGCCCGCAGCCAGCGACACGGUGCCCGCGGCGCCCGAGGGGCCCGGCGCGGCCCGGCCCGGCCCGCCGCCGCGCCCCACGUCCUUCUCGGUGCUGGACAUCCUGGACCCCAACAAGUUCAACAGCCGGAGGCGCCGCUGCGUGCUGCUGGGCCCCGUGCCGCCCGCCGCGUGCGCCCCGUGCGCCCCGGGCCCGUGCGCACCGGCGCCCGCCGUCCCGGGACGCCCGCCGCGCUCGGAGGAGCUGGAGCGCCGUGCGCCCGGAGCCGCAGCCGGAGCCGGAGCAGGAGCGGAGCCUCCCGGCUCCGGAGACCCGUACAUGGUGGACGAUGCCGAUGCCAACGGGUACGGCGGCGGCGGCCGCAGCCCCGGCGCAGACAGCGGGCACGAGGCGCCGGACGAGGAGGACACGAAGACGGCGCGCGGGCCGGAGGAGGCUCGCGGUGGUGGCGGUGGCGGAGGCGGCGGCGGCGGCGGCAGGGCCCGCGGGCCGGGCUGUCCGGGCGCUGCCGAGGCCGAGGCGAUCCCGGGCGUCGCGGACGACUCUGAGAUCCCGGGCCCCCGAGGGAACUCGCCGGGCCCCUCGGCGGCGGGGGGCGCGGGGGCCGCCCCGCAGAGCGCAGCCAAGCCCAAGCGCAAACGCACCGGCUCCGACUCCAAGUCCGGCAAGCCGCGGCGGGCGCGCACCGCCUUCACCUACGAGCAGCUCGUGGCGCUGGAGAACAAGUUCAAGGCGACGCGCUACCUGUCGGUGUGCGAGCGCCUCAACCUGGCGCUGUCGCUCAGCCUCACCGAGACGCAGGUCAAGAUCUGGUUCCAGAACCGCCGCACCAAGUGGAAGAAGCAGAACCCGGGCGCCGACACCAGCGCGCCCACGGGCAGCGGGGGCGGCGCGGGGCCCGGCGCGGGGCCCGGCGCGGGGCUGCCGGGGGGCCUCAGCCCGCUCAGCCCGUCGCCGCCCAUGGGCGCGCCCCUCGCCAUGCACGGCCCGGCGGGCUACCCCGCGCACGGCCCUGGCGGCCUGGUGUGCGCCGCGCAGCUGCCUUUCCUGUCCAGCCCCGCCGUGCUGUCCCCCUUCGUGCUGGGCUCGCAGACCUACGGCGCGCCCGCCUUCUACGCGCCGCAUCUCUGA